AAUUGUCAAAGGAGAUGACUAAACCAUAAUAAACCAGAAUUGCUAUCACACCGGAGUGUGUUGUGUUGCUUAGCGCUUCCCUUCUAUCAGUUCCUUAAAGAAAUUAGGGUUUUGGAAGAAGAAGAAGAGCAAGCGUCUCUGCCUUUCGAUUUUCGCUCAUCCAGAUUCACUCUCGGGAGGCGAUGGCUUCUUUGUUCAAGGAGCAAGCAAAGCUGUCGGCGUAUCGAGAUAGAAGAUUCUCAGGGACACAGGAGGAGUUCGAGGAGGCGUUGAGGACCUCAUCCACCGUCUACAUUGGGAACGUCUCUUUCUACACAACUGAAGAGCAGAUUUACGAGCUCUUCUCCAGAGCUGGAGAGAUUAAAAAGAUUAUCAUGGGACUUGAUAAGAACACCAAAACCCCCUGUGGUUUCUGUUUCGUCCUGUUCUACUCGAGAGAGGACACAGAGGAUGCAGUCAAGUAUGUAAGUGGCACCAUUCUUGAUGACCGCCCUAUUCGUGUGGACUUUGAUUGGGGCUUCCAAGAAGGAAGGCAAUGGGGUCGUGGUAGAAGCGGUGGCCAGGUUCGAGACGAAUACCGUACAGAUUACGAUCCUGCUAGAGGUGGUUAUGGAAAAUUAGUUCAGAAGGAACUCGAAGCACAAAGACAGCUCGUAGAUUACGGUACUGGUUCACUCGGAGGUUCCUAUCCUGCACCCGCGCCAUCCAAUUAUGAAAGACGUGGUGGACCUCGUGGUGGAGGGGGAUAUGGCCAAGGAGGAUCAAAUCGCCACGGAAGAGGCGGAGAUUUUCAUCGGAAACGUCAAAGGGACGAUGAUCGUUAUGGACGCGACAACUCAAGAAGAAACUCAGAUCAUGAGACUAGGAGAGACUCUGAUCAUGACAUGAGACCGGAGAAGAACCCACGAUUCCGUGAGAGCGGUGACUCAGACGAUGACGGUGAAGAUGAUCGGAAGAGGUCUUAAAAAUGAAGUUUAGAAGUUGCAAAUGUUAUUGAAGGAUCAGUGUAAUCUUUUAGUUUAUGAGGCUGAACUCAACUUGGGGGUUUUCCAGAUUUUCAUUACAACAUUUAUUUAAGUCGAGUUUCAGACAAUAUGAGAGAUGUCCUCAUGAACCUUGUCUGCUUGAACAACGGAACUAUCAUUGCUACGUUUGUGUGCCUAAAAUGCACAUGUGAAGUCCUACAGUGUACUAGCUAAUCAUCAGUUCACAACUUCA